AUGUUUAAAUUUUUGUCCAAUUCCUUGAUUACGCAGGCCAGCUGUCAAGAGGGGGCUGGGUAUUUGAAAAGAGCCGAUUCAGAUCGUCUUCGAGAGAUUUUCUUGAAAUAUGCCAGUGUAGAUAAAAAUGGUGAAAAAUAUAUCACCAGUGAAGAUUUUGUCAGGAAAUUCCUUGGACUCUUCAAUGAAGAUGACUACAACAAAGAGUCAGUCCAGCUCAUUGCUGGCAUUGUGGAUAUGGACAAGGAUGGCUUCAUCUCAUUCUCCGAGUUCCAGGCAUUUGAGGGACUAUUAUGUGUUCCCGAUGCACUGUACAAAACUGCCUUUCAACUUUUUGAUACUAAUGGAAAUGGCCUUGUUACAUUUGAUGAGUUCGCUGAUGUCAUGAAAAAGACUGCUUUGUACAAGAAAUUGCCCUUCAAUAUGGAGAGCACUUUCGUACGCCUGUACUUUGGAAAGGACAAAAAGCGCCUAGUAACAUACCCUGAGUUCAGUCAGUUCCUUCACGACUUCCACGAGGAGUAUGGCGUGGAAGCGUUCAAGAAACGCGAUAUCAAUGGCAGCGGAUUCAUCAGCGCUGGAGACUUCAAGGAUAUCAUGUUGUCGGUCAAAAACCACCUUCUUACUAAGGAGAUGAAAACUAAAGUUAUUGAGGCGUCAGGCUUUCCUCAAGGCGAGAGAAAAAUCAGUUUUCCAUAUUACAUGGCAUUCAAUUCUCUUCUUAACAACAUGGAGCUGAUCAAACGAGUGUACUUGAACGCAACGAAUGGACAUCGAACUCUGGAAGUUACGAAGGAGGAGUUUCUUCAUUCAGCACAAAUGAUGAGCCAGAUCACACCUCUAGAAGUAGAUAUAUUGUUCACAUUGUGUGACCUGAUACAUAAUAGCAAUGGACGCAUAGUGUACAACGACUUGAACACGAUAACCCCAGAACAGUACUUCAAGCAAGUGACAAAUCGUGUUGCUGAGAUCAAGGCUGUGUCGAGCCCCGAAGAAAGAAGUAUACUAAUUCAAAUAUUGGAGAGCACCUACAGAUUCACACUCGGUUCAUUUGCUGGUGCUUUGGGAGCUACAGCAGUCUACCCAAUAGAUCUUGUUAAGACCCGUAUGCAGAACCAGCGCACGGGUUCCUUCAUUGGGGAAGUGGCGUAUCGUAACUCCUGGGAUUGCUUCAAGAAGGUCAUCAGGCACGAAGGUUUCUCUGGACUGUACCGAGGUCUAGUUCCUCAGCUGAUCGGUGUCGCUCCAGAGAAAGCUAUAAAGUUGACAGUAAAUGACUUAGUUCGAGACAAAUUUAUGGAUAAGAAUGGAAACCUAACAUUGUACGCUGAAGUUAUUGCCGGAGCUUGUGCUGGUGGUUCACAAGUAGUGUUUACAAAUCCAUUAGAAAUUGUAAAAAUUCGUCUACAAGUAGCGGGUGAAAUCGCCGGUGCCAGCAAAGUACGGGCUUGGAGUGUCGUCAAAGACCUCGGUCUUUUUGGCCUCUACAAGGGCGCUAAAGCCUGCCUGCUCCGUGAUGUUCCCUUCAGCGCUAUUUACUUCCCUGCGUAUGCGCAUUGCAAGGCUCAUUUCGCUGAUGAGAACGGCUACAACCAUCCGUUGACGCUACUCGCGGCCGGAGCUCUUGCGGGCGUGCCCGCUGCCUCGCUCGUCACGCCCGCUGACGUCAUCAAGACACGGCUACAGGUGGUAGCUCGUUCGGGCCAGACGACAUAUAGCGGAGUUAUUGAUGCAACAAGGAAAAUAUGGGCUGAAGAAGGUGCCAGAGCUUUCUGGAAGGGCGCAGUGGCGCGUGUGUUCCGUUCGUCGCCUCAGUUCGCCGUCACGUUGGUCACGUAUGAAAUAUUACAGCGUCUCUUCUAUGUGGACUUUGGUGGAAGUCGACCAGCCGGUUCUGAGCUAACAGUGGCCACUCCAGUGGAAGAAGCAAGGAAGAAGCCGCAUCACAUCGGAGGUUACCAAGUAGCGACGCCUAUUCUCACCGGCCUAGAGACUAAGUUCGGAAUCUCAUUGCCGAGAUUCUCCUUCCCCAAGGCGCAGUAA